UACUCACUUAAUUUCAAGCAAGACCAUUCCACAGGCAUACCUCCAGCAUGAAGCUUCUUCUGAUCUGCGUGCUCCUUGGAGCUGCUGUUGCAUUUGAGGAUGAUGAUGAUAAGAUUGUAGGAGGUUACACCUGCACCAAGAACUCCGUCCCAUACAUUGUAUCCCUCAACUCUGGCUAUCACUUCUGCGGAGGUACCCUGGUUACCAGCCUGUGGGUGGUGUCUGCUGCCCAUUGCUACAAGGCGAGUGUUCAGGUCAGACUGGGAGAGCACAACAUCGAUGUAAGUGAGGGCACUGAGCAGUUUAUUAACUCUGCCAAGGUCAUCAGACACCCCAGCUACAACUCCAGGACCACCGACAAUGACAUCAUGUUGAUCAAACUUGCUAGUGCCGCCACCCUCAAUAGCUAUGUGAAGACUGUGUCUCUGCCCUCUGGCUGUGCUGCUGCCGGAACCAGCUGUCUGAUUUCUGGCUGGGGAAACACACUCAGCAGUGGAACCAAUUAUCCAAGUCUCCUUCAGUGUUUGAACGCACCCAUCCUGACAAGUGCUCAGUGUAGCAGUGCCUACCCAGGACAGAUCACCAGUAACAUGAUCUGUGUUGGAUACGUUGAAGGAGGCAAGGAUUCCUGCCAGGGUGAUUCUGGUGGCCCCGUGGUCUGUAAUGGUCAGCUCCAGGGUAUUGUGUCCUGGGGAUAUGGCUGUGCUUUGAGGAACUACCCCGGAGUCUACGCCAGGGUCUGCAACUACAACUCCUGGAUCCAGAGCACCUUUGCUUCAAACUAAAACUGUUUCUUAAAAGUUUUGUGCAAGACUUUAAUAAAUGUAUGAACUUUCGAACUA